AUUUCCAUCAUAAAACGUCCAAAACUCUGGUAGGCGUAGGUGAGCCAGACUCGUCUGAUUGGAGAAACAGCGUGCAGCCUACGCCAGGAAAGACGUUCUAAGGCAUAGAGUGUUCUUGUGUGAGUGAAACACACAAGAUUUCCCGUUUAUCAAAUCGUCGAGAAAGAUCAGGAAAAAACCACCAUCACCCCCCGGGCGUCGUUCUUGUCGUCGUCUUCCUCAUCCGCCUCAUCCUCUCCCAUAGCGAACUCUAAUCCGCCAUUCGAAGCCGUUUGCAGAGAUGCAGCAGGGGGAUUUCAGCUCUCUUUCUUAUUAUCAGUACCCUCAGAACCCUCACCUUCAAAACCCCAACCCCAGCCCUCUCCCCAACCCUAGCCCUAAUCCUAUUCCUGCCGAUCCCAUCCCAAAUCCCUUGCCUCCUUCAUACGCUUCUGCGCCUCCCUUCACCACCAAUUACUCUUCCUCCUCUUCCGAUUUCCCUAAUUAUCCCUCCCAAUACCCUCCGUACCCUCAAAAUCCCGAUCCUAUUUCCUCCGUCCCGCCUACCGCUCCGUCGUACUCCACCGGCCCUAAUUUACCGCCAUUGAAUCCACCACCACAGCCUCCUUCUUCUCUGCCUCCUUAUCCGCCGUCAACAGAAGUCCCCGGCCCGUACCUAGCGCCAACCCAGCAGCAAUCGUACUUCCCACCGUUCGAUCAGCAUCAGACGGCGGCUUGUUAUGCUCCGCCGAAUCCGAACCCUAAUUCGAGUUCCAAUUCACCAUACUCUUCCCUGUACUCGUCCUCCUACAGUCAUGUAGCAUCUUCCGUCCCACCCUCGUACGAAAGCCCAUACGAGAACAGCCCGAAAUUCGAGCCCGGAGCAGGUUAUUUUGAUGAAACUUCGAGCAGAUAUAGUGGCGGUUACUCCAGGACCAGGUCUGAUUUAGGGUCGGAUUUAUACGGGAAGCGAGCGGACAGUGGUACAUCGCGAUAUGAUUCGAUUCGAGAUGAUGUGUAUGGUGAUGGAGUAUACGCUUAUGAAGGCGGUAAGGUCGAGCCGUACGGUGCUCGGGGAACCUCGUCGAAGUCUUCUACAUGGUCGGUGUUCGAUGAUUAUGGGAGAUCGAUAAGUUUUCCAUCUGGAAAAGAUCAGGAUGCGUCAGCAAAGAUCGUGAGAGCAGUACCUAAGGUGGACACUCAGCAGGACGUGAAGAACGGGGUGCAGAAGUUUCGCGUCAAGCUUCUGCCAGAGACCGGUGGGCAGAGCACAAUGGAAGUUCUUUGCCAGGUUGGUUUGGAUGGAAUUCGAAUGCUUGAUCCCAGUAGCAAUCGGACAUUGAGAAUCUAUCCACUUGAGACUGUAACAAGAUGUGAUGUAACUGAUUCGUCGACCUUUGCAUUUUGGUCGAAAAGCUCCGUCGAUUUUGAACCAAGGCGUAUCCGACUACAAUCAAAUAGCUAUACCACCAAUACACUUCUGGACACGGUGACAGCUGCAACUGUACAGUUUAAGGAGAUGGGUGGAAGAAGCAGACCUGAUUCUUUUAAGACAACAGAGCAGUCUAUAGACAAGAAGAAAGGUUUGACUGACUGGAUGAACUUGAUCAAGCCUGUGAAUGAGGAGAAAGAUCAUUGGGUUCCUGAUGAAGCAGUUUCCAAGUGUACAGCUUGUGGGACCGAUUUUGGGGCAUUUGUGCGUAGGCAUCACUGCAGAAACUGUGGAGAUAUAUUCUGUGACAAGUGUACCCACGGUAGAAUAGCUCUGACUGUUGAGGAGAAUGCACAACCAGUUCGAGUUUGUGACAGAUGCAUGGCAGAAGUUACUCAGAGGUUGAGUAAUGCUAAGGAAGCAGCCAACAAACCUGCUGGAUUGCAGAGUCAUGAGGAUCUUGCAAGGAAGCUUCAGGAGGAACUGGAAAGGAAUCGCAAGGGAUCAUCAGGCUCCAAGCCGGAUGGAUCUGGGAGACGGAUGAGAGAAGUUGCUUGCCCUAUUUGCACAGUCCACUUGCAGGUCCAAGUUCCCAGCUCUGGUUCGGAGACCAUAGAGUGUGGUGUGUGCCAGCAUCCUUUCCUUGUGAGCGCCCAUUGAUGUCAUAAGACCCUCUCCUAAUGACUUAUAUAUAAUAUAUAUUUUUUGUGUGGGUUCAAUCUAACUCACUGUUGAGCUUUUAGCUAUUGAUAAUAAUUUGGACAGAAGCAUUUGUGUAAUCAUCUCUUGGUUUUGUCUUUGGUGACUUCUGAUUUUACCUCCUCUUCUAUUGCCUAAAAAUGGGGUGUGUGUAUAUGAAGCUGGGUUUCUCGUAAAAAGUGUGAUCUAAGUUUGUCAUGCUUUGUGUAUAGAUACUGAAUACUCAAUACAUAAAAAUGCAUUUUAUUCA